CAAACUUAAAGCCGUGCAUUGUACCAAAAUCAUACUCACCAAAGGCCAAAAAUAAAUCGGUAAAACCCUAAUAUUUAAACACUUUUCUCUUUGAUCAACCUCCUUUGUCACCGAUCUUCACUUUUCCUAGUUUUUUAUUUCACUUUAGAUUGAAUUUUCAAUUUACAUUUCGUUUUGAAUAGCUCCUCCUGUAAUUUAUGGAUUCUCAGGAUCCGUCUGCACCACCACGACCACCGUUUCGUCCCCACCACCAGCCCCACCCUCAACAGACCCCAACCAUCUAUGGGGGUCCACACCAAACCCUUCACACUCAACCCCAACAGCCCAACAACCCUUAUACUAUUUCCAGCAACAACAAUUCUGCCACCACCACUGCUCCCAUGAUGCAACAACAAAAUUUGUACCCUUUUAACACCAUGGCUUCUGCCUCUGCGUCCAAGCCGCUGGAUCAUCACUACUCUGAUAAAUUGGUUUCAGGAGGCGGAGGGGAGGCUGGAGGGUUCAGCAUUGAGUCUGCCAGAAAGAAAAGGGGUCGGCCUAGAAAGUACUCACCUGAUAACAGCAUUGGGUUAGGUCUGUCCCCUGAUCCUGCCACCAAGAUUUCCUCUGCCGUGGCCCUUACUGAUUCUGGUGGUGGGGCCACCCCAUCUUUUGAAACUGCUGCCAAGCGCAACCGUGGCAGGCCUCCUGGUUCCGGAAAGAGACAGUUGGACGCUCUAGGAGCACAGGGAGUUGGAUUUACGCCACAUGUUAUUACAGUGAAAGUGGGUGAGGAUAUAGCUGCAGAGAUCAUGGCUUUCUCGCAGCAAGGUCCUCGUACUGUUUGCAUUCUAUCUGCUAAUGGUGCCAUAUGCAAUGUCACCCUUCGGCAACCAGCAAUGUCCGGCGGCACAGUAACAUAUGAAGGUCGAUUUGAAAUCAUCUCUUUGUCCGGUUCCUUCUUCUGGUCGGAGAGUAAUGGUAACUGCAGCCGAACUGGUGGCCUGAGUGUCUCAUUGGCUGGGUCAGAUGGUAGAGUUUUGGGUGGUGGAGUCGCUGGAAUGCUUAAAGCAGCAUCACCAGUACAGAUUGUGGUGGGCAGCUUCAUUGCAGUUGGGGAAAACCCCAAGUCUAAGCCAUCUUUGGCCACGCCUGUGCAUAUGUUGAACUCUGGUGCUCCAGUGAUAGGAGCCGGUCCUUCAUCAAGUGAUUCAUCUGAGGAGAAUGAUGGUGGUCCCCUUAAUCACGGCUCAGAACCUUACGGUGAUCAGCAAAUUCCGAAUCUGUCAAUGUAUUCAAAUAUGGGCUGGCCAAAUUCCACCGUCAAAAUGUUUCCUAAUUAACCUUACUUUCCCUUGAAUAUAAAGCUGAAGAGGUAACUAAAUUUCGAUCAAAAGAGGUGAUGUCUGUUGCGCUUGAGAAUAUUUUGGAAUGUCCAUGGUCCUUGACCUUGAGUGAUGCAACGAACGAUGAAGGUCGAGGCUGUUUCUACUCAAAUAUCUGAUAACCCAAGUUGUCUAGCAAAUAAAAUUCCCCUUUAGAAUAGCAUGUAACUCAAUCUCAAGAAUAAGAUAUUCCUCAAACGAAGAGGAGAUUGCUCGUAUGCAAUGUCCAAGCUGAUCCCGUAUAAUCCCCUCACCACUGUUAAAAUUUUCCCUGAGACAUCAUCGAGGUUGAUCUCGUCGGAUUUCACAGACGAAGUACACCAAAGAACCAAUACAAGAGGUGAUACGAGAGGAAGAGCCAUACGGCCCAAUGAUCAUAUAAAUCAAAAGAUUUUUGCGUUAGUUGAA